UGUGAUAUCUACGUCGUACAUCACGUAGUUAAAUGUCACACGAGAUGUCAACUGCAUCCUGCGCCUGUAAAGCAAGCUUUCUGGAGAAUGGACGAGUUUCGAGGAAAAGCGCGCAUUCAGGAGCACGUCGUUCCCAUUUCUAACACCUUCGUAGCCGCGUAUUUAAUUACAAUAGUUGGAGUUGCUCUUAUCUCAAAUGUUAUUCUUCUGAUGGUAUUGAAAAGGAAAAGAAAAUUACGCUCUUUUCAUUGGUGUGCAGCUGCCCUUUCCAUCUCUGAUGUACUCUUCAACAUUCUUCUUCAUCCUAUGUCCAUUGCUACUUCUCUUGGUUUCGAUCCCUCUAUAAUCUUCAAUUAUUACGGAUGCAUAUAUUUUGGCUUCGUAGCUUUAACGUUAGGAUGCUACAACAUGGCUAUACACGCUUUACUGGCAAUUAUCCGUUACGUCAAUAUAUGCCACCCCGAAAAAGUUUACUGGUUUAGAAAGAGGACAAUGCUUUAUAUAUUAAUAACCGCUGCUGUAUACUCCCUUUUAUGGUCAUCUGGACCAUUUUUUGGUGUGGGAAAGUACGAAACGUUCGAAGUUGGCUGCACAAUUGCAUUCGAUGAUAACUCAAUACCGGGUAGAAUAUUCAUCACUUGUGCUUUUAUUUUUGUAUUUUUUCUACCCUUAAUAGUUAUAAUUACUUCUUAUGGAAAAAUAACAAUUCAAGUGAAACGUCUGAGGAAAAAAUUACUUUGUGUUGGCAAUCUAUCGAUUGGAAAAUAUAGGAAAACUCAAGUACCUCUGAAAGUGACUUCUCCUCAACUUAAGAUGAUAAAAUUAACUGCUAUAAUUGCUGGAUGCUUCAUCAUCGCUUGGAGCCCCUAUGCCAUAGUUUGUUUGUGGCAAUCUUAUAUUGAUCACUCCUUAUCUCGUAUAUAUAUCAUUGUAGCUGCUUUAUUCUGCAAGAGUGCCACAGCUUACAAUCCUUUUAUAUACAUGUUCAUGUCGAAAAGUAUACAGAAAGAAACGUCAAAGAUGUUUUAUGGGUUUAUCAAAACGUGCUACCACCACGAAAGUGCUGUCAAUGCAUCCAAAAGCAGCAGGAAAUCAUCAUAUGUUAGAACAUCGCUUAAAUCUUCUUGGAUUUAUUCAAAGUCAUCACGAUAUUCUCAGCAAACCUCACACGUAUAA